AAAGAGUUUGUCCACGUCACACAACGUCAUUUGAUAUGCAAAUGAGUUUAUCCGACGAUAUCACCUGGCGAAUUCUAGCAACUUGUAGCAAAGUGCGCGUGCGUCAGCUCGUUUCUCCUGAACACAGUUACCGAAAGCGUUUAAUUCGGUUCCCGUAAAGCGUCUUGGCUCCGCCUAUCUCGCGAUCGACUCUCUCCAGCAGCAGGAUCGAUUAUUCCGGCCUGCCUGAGGUGGAGAUUGAAAGUGAGCGCACGCGAUGUCGUUAUUUAUACCUGCUUUUAUAAAUCUGUGAACGAUUCUUUUAUUAAGGAAGAAUGUUUUAGAGCUUCCUAACGCGUCUUUGGGCCCGAAUGUGCGCGGAUUUAGUCAUUUACGGAGUAGAUCUUGGUCAGAUGAGCAGCAGCAGGACUCCUAAUAAAAGGCGGCCUUUGUGCAGAAGCCCUGUGCUCCAGCAUGUAGACGCCUCUUCCUGUAGUCUUCGCCAAUGAAAAUGGAGGAGACGGCCGUGUCCGGAAUGGACAACAGCAAAAUGGAGGGCAUUGCUCAGGAGAUCCUCUCCGAUCUGGUCGAGGAUGCAUGUCUGGGGCUUUGCUUUGAAGUUCACCGAGCUGUCAAGCAAGGCUACUUCUUCCUGGACGACACGGAUCAAGAGAGCAUGAAGGACUUCGAAAUCGUGGACCAGCCCGGAGUGGACAUCUUCGGCCAGGUGUAUAACCAGUGGAAGAAUAAGGAGUGUGUGUGUCCCAACUGCAGCCGGAGCAUUGCCGCCUCACGGUUUGCACCUCACUUAGAGAAGUGCCUGGGCAUGGGGCGCAACAGCAGUCGCAUCGCCAAUCGCAGGAUAGCCAGCGGCAACAACACAAACAAAUCCGAGAGUGAUCAGGAGGACAACGAUGACGUUAACGACAACGACUGGUCCUAUGGUGCAGAAAAGAAAGCCAAGAAGAGAAAGGCAGAUAAGGUACUUUUACAUUCUUUGAAACAUCCUGGUCUAUUGAAUCCAAAUUCACCAAGACGAUCCAAAUCACUAAAACACAAAAACACCAAAGAUCUGUCUUCGUCCUUCAGCUUCGCUGGAUCCUAAGCAGCGCCCAGAGUGAAGCUGUCGCUGGGAGACCGGUUUCCACAGCAACAUCUUUCGAGAGCUACCCAUGAUGCCAUGUGGUUCACAGACAGAGCAAGAAACUAAUCUGCGUCGAAGUCCUUUUCAUUCAGUUUACACAACUGUACUAUUGUAUUUUGUUUUGUUUUGGGUUUUUUUCUUCUUUUUUUCUGGAAUAUUUGCACAACAAAUCAGUGUCUUCAGUAUCUUUUGUCGAUUGUGUUGGACCCUCGACGUGACAUAAGUGUGACUGGACAGCGGAAAGAGUUCAGGGAGGGAGUAAGAACACCGGCAAGCGGAGGUCGCUGAUGUACUUUAACAACGGCUGGAGCGUCUGGGAGGAGUGAUCAAAAUCAAUCUUAAUGCUGCUUAUAUCACUCUUUUUGGGGUUUUAAUCACAUUUUUGUUCAGAACCAAGAUUCAGAAAGAUCGAAGUAUACAUUGUGCUUGGACAUUGAGUUUAUUCUGAUCAUGUUAUUUUACCAUAAACUGGACUAUUAUGGACUUUACUCUGGCAACUUGAAACACAUACAUAUUCCUCUUUCGAGAAUGAAUGAAUGAAUUUCUCCAAUUAUUUUUACCCCUCCUCUCUGUGUACUCGAUGUUUACAGUGUAAAGGAAUUAUGUGUCUUGACUGUGUUGUAACUGUACAUAUAUUUGACUCUUUGGGGAAAUGCUGCUAAACUGGCCAUGAGCCACAUGCUAACAGGCAUGCCACACACUUAAUAAACAUGACUCAAUACGCUG